AUGCAACAUUUCAUGUCCCAAUUAUUAAUCGAAUUAUUAUCAAAUGAAGCAUAUGUGAACAGUGAAACGAUGAAAAGAUUACAAAUCAUUGUCAUGGAUUUCGUAUUUUUAGACUUAACCAGACAAAAAUCUCAAUUUGGUAUAAUGAACAAUGAAAAUCAACAAUUCGAAAUCAAAUUAUUUGAAUUUCCACAAAAUUUUCGAGAUCUAUGGAUGGUAACCGAUAUUAUUAAUGCAAUGACUGAUAAAACAAAACAAACUCAAUAUCCUGAAUUGUUUUUCGUACAAGCAUACGAUACAUUGGAUGAUGCUGUUCAAUUCACUUUAGAUGAUAUUGUAGUUUCAAAUCAUCAUUUUGACAAGACAUCAGAUCUACAGCUAAUCAGUCUAAUGAACAACGAUGCUUUGAUUGAACAUUCAUUCAGUGAAUUUAUUCAUAGUCUAACAAUCGAUUAUUUGCCGAAUUUGAUACGUUUCGAACUCUACCCAUCCUUGUUGAACAUUCCAGCAAAAUGUGUACAAGAUCGUGCAAAACUAUUCUAUGUAUUCGAGAUAUUUGUUGAAAAAGUUAUAUCACUACUUGAUUUCAGUUUGUCUCCGAAACAAAGUAUUCUUACAGAUAAAAUUCGAAUGGUCAAAAAUUAUUUAUCAAAUAGGAAAAGAAUUCAAUGGUUUGAACAAUCCUUGGAAGCAACGAAAGAGAAUCAGUUUAUUAAUUUGCCUACAAUCCAAUUUGAUUUUGUAAGAGCAAGUGACGCUGAUAAUAGUGGACAACAUAGUACAUUCUAUCAAGGUUAUGAACAACUACAUGAAAAUGCUCAUCUAUUAUUUAGACAUGAUAGUCAACGACUUUGGCGAGCACAAUACAUUGGAAUGCAUAGUACCGAUCAAGGUGGACCCUAUCGUGAUUCAAUCACGAGUAUGUGUUCGGAUAUAUGUAGUACACGAUUACCAUUAUUUAUUUUGUGUCCAAAUGGCCGAACGAAUACUGGUUUGAAUCGCGAUCGAUGGAUUCCAAAUGUAUUUCCACUGAAUCAAUCGAUUCCCGUUAAAAUAAAAAAACAAUAUCGAUUUAUUGGACAAUUGAUGGGUAUGGCUAUACGAAAGAAAAAUUAUCUAGAUUUAAAAUUUCCCGAUUUAUUAUGGAAACAAUUGCUAGGCGAACACAUAGCUAUGAAAGAUAUUGAAGCAAUCGAUAUACAAAGUUCUGCAAUUAUUAAAGAAAUGGAACAUAAUAUACAAAAGAAUCAAGCAAUCAAUAUUGACAGUGAUAUCAAUUAUUUAUUUAGUAAUAUUAUGAGUGAAGUUCGAUUUAAUAUUGUUAGUUCAGCUGGACACAUAUAUGAACUGAUUCCCGAUGGCAAAAAUAUUCCAAUAACAGCUAAUAAUUUCAAAGAAUACUGUACACGUCAUCGUGAAUAUCGUCUAAAUGAAUUUCGUCGACAAAUUGAAUAUAUUCGUCAAGGCUUGUGUAGUGUUGUACCGAAUAAUUUUAUGAGUUUACUUACAAUUAGUGAACUGGAAGAAGCUGUAUGUGGAAAACGUCAAAUCGAUGUUGAAUUACUGAAACGAAAUACCCAGUAUGAUAAUUUCAAUGCAGCAGAGCCAUGUAUUCAACGAUUCUGGAAAGUUUUAAGUGAAAUGUUUAAUGAAGAACAGAGGAAAUUAUUCGUAAAAUUCGUUUGGGGAAGAAAUACAUUGCCAAGUCGAGAUGAAGAUUUCACAGAAAAACUUUCGAUUAACUUAUUAAUGAGAGAUGAAUAUGAAGCAGAUAGAACCCUUCCACGUAAGUCGAAUUGA